AUGUGCCACUUUCAGGUCUCCUCACACUGCUGGUGGGUUCCAUUUUGUCAUAGGGUGCUGGCAGAUUACGGGCCUCCCAUUGCUGCUGCCAGGCCCGUAAUCUGCCAUGGGCCCCCGUACCGCCUCCUCAUGCUGCUGCCAGGUCCAGAGUGUCUCAUGGGUCCCUGUACGGCCUCCCAUUGCUGCUGUCUCCAUCGCCACACUCUGCCAUGUGCCACUUUCAGGUCUCCUCACACUGCUGGUGGGUUCCAUUUUGUCAUAGGGUGCUGUAUGGCCUCCCAUUGCUGCUGCCUCCACCGCCACACUGUGGCUCCACACUCUGGUUUUGGCCCCGUGACUGCCCAAAUGAGUGAAGUGUGCGGUGAUUCUAAGAUCGACAGCACUCAUCUGCAUGUCAUACUGACUGACAGUAUUAUUUCUCUUCCCCAGCAGACUCCAAGGGCAUUUAAAUUAAGGGUACAGUUUUCUGCACUAAUAUAA